UUCGCUCCCCUUCGCUUGGCGGCCGUACCUGUCGAGCAGUCCUGGAGGAGACAGAAGACAGUCGGCUGAAGUCGGUUCUCACGUAAAAAAAUCUGAAUUCUCUGUGCAGUCACUUGAAACUGACACAGAGUGAAAGGAAAGGGGAGUGAGCAUGACGUGCUCUUGGUUCAGCCCAGUUGUCAUGGAGACCCAUAGUAACAACUUUGGUAAACCCCGCCUGGAGGCCAUGGCUACUUUAGCCAAGCUUCAGGCUCGGUCGUCCUUUCUAGAAACUCAGUACUACUUUAGGAACAGUGCCGUUGACGCGUUUAGGAAGAAGGAGAAUGACGCAGCUGUGACGAUCCAGAGCUGGUUUCGUGGAUGCCAAGUCCGGGCGUACAUCAGGCACUUGAACAGGGUAGUGACAAUUAUGCAAAAGUGGUGGAGAAGUUACUUAGGCAGAAAACGUUACCAACUUAUUGUUGAGGCAGCGUAUUAUAAUAUGAAGAUGAAUUUCUACAAUGAAAUGGCUGUCAGGAUUCAGAGACAAUGGCGUGGCUUUAGGAUCCGGAAGUAUUGCUUUAAUUAUUAUUAUUUGAAGGAAUACUUGAGAGCUGUUUCAGAGACCAAUGAUGCAAUUAGGGAGGCUUUGGAGGAAUUUGCAGAGAUGAAAGAGCGAGAAGAGAGGAAGGCUCGCCUGGAGCGGGAAGAGAAGCAAAGAGAUCAGCAAGCCCGCAAGAUGCAUUACCUGCUCAGCACAAAGCAGGUUCCAGGUAUAUACAAUUCACCUUUCCGAAAACAGCCUGACCCUUGGGAGCUGCGGUUACAGAAGGCAAAGCCGUUAAUGCACCAACCAGAAACUGCAGUGACGACCAGGUCCCACCGUAGCCUCAGUAGCUGGCUGGCCUGCACCAGUGCCCGCUCCUUUCCGCAGUCGGCAAGUCUGCCACCUAUCAACAGGAAGCAGUGCCAGGGACCCUUCCGAGACAUCAAUGAAGUCCUGCAUCAGCGUUACAAGCCUUUGGAGCCCACCCUGAGGGUGGCAGAGCCCAUCAACCACUUAGAGCUGGCCAGAGAGGCAUUUAAGCAAGAUGAACGGAUGCGCAACGUGAACGACAAGAUGUUUUUGCCGUUUUCUUCCUUCCAUAAAAAGGAGAAGUACAUCCCAAUGAUACACUCAUCAAGCAAGUACAAUCCCAGCUCUUAUGGACAGCAGUGCUUCCGCAGUCAAGACCCUAAAAAGUGGAUCAGUGGCAAGGAUUUUCAGACUGUCCUACCAUCAUUUGACCUCUUCUCAAAGUAUGGAAAACUAUAUUCGAAAGCUGGACAAAUUGUAUAAAGAAAUGAUAAUGGUGGCUAUGUCUGGCUGUGGCUGCUUGGCUCUAGAGGAGAGAAGACGAUGGAAUGAGAACAUGAGGUGAAGAUGAAGUGAGCACGAACAGAAGAUGCCACUGCCCAGGGGUUCAGGCUCUACCUACGUGGUGGUUGCACAACCUUGAUCUCAGUUCUUUAACCUCUGUGUGCUCUUGUGAACUUCCCCUCCCUCUCCCUCCCCCCUCCCUCCCCCUCCCUCACUUCUCUUGCUCUCUUCCUCCUUCCCCUACUCCAAUUCUUUCUCUUGCUCUUACCUUCUCAUGUUCAGAAGAAAAGUUUAAAACCAUCUCUGGUUCAUUAUAAAACUUUCUAGUUUGAAAGGAAAAUACGAAGGAGGCUCUUAUAAGAACUAAUCAGAUUUACUAAUAAGCCAAACUCACUGUGAUCAAUAAAUGAUGACAUUCAUUUUA